UGUAUUCAACCACUUUUGAAACACACCUACAGCAUCUCCAAGCUGUAUUUGCUAAACUAAAAGAAGCCAACUUAAGGCUAAAUUUGGAAAAAUGCUUUUUUUUCCUACCUAACGUCAAGUUUUUAGAACACGUUGUGAGGAGGGAUGGAUUGAAUCCUGAUGAAGAAAAG